GUGGACAUUGAAUAUAACGGAAACGACCUUGAGGCCAUAAUAUCGCUGUCACCAUUUUAUGACAUUAGCCACACAUCGGGAGACCAGCCACAAGAAGACAUCACCGUGACUCUACCUCUUCCGGAAAAGUAUACUGGUGAAGGGCAAUUACUCGUUUUGUCCAGACCUGGACAAGAUGAAAGUGAAGAAGUUUGUGAGGAAGAAGAAGCAACAAGUUGGACAAUCCUUGAUACAGUGAUAUCAGUCAAUGACAACGUUGCAACAUUCUCCACACACCAUUUUUACCAGAAUGUACUUGGUGAAUACAGAAAGAAUGCGCCAAGACAAAGUGUGAAGAAGCAAACUAGACUACAUCGCGGAAGGGGAGUUAAAUAUGCUGUAUUAUUUGCUGCAUGGGGCAAGAGGCUUGAAUCAUCAGCUCAUGAUGUAGUCGUUGCAUGCUGCCACAGAAAAGACUUCAAGAAAAGAUCGGACACCUGGCUGAAUAAGGGUUACUCCUGUCUCAGAGUCAGUAGUGAGUUCCGUGCCACGGCGAAUAGUACAUACCAUAUCGGUAUCUGUGGCAAUGCACAGUCAUUAUAUGACAUUUCAGAGCUAAAACUCAUCUAUCAACCUGGCAUGGCUCCUUUUCAAUCAAUGCAUCUUGAAAUCUUGAAUAAAAAGUACUCCCCCCUUGCAGCUAUAGCCAUCAUGGACGGAAAGGGAAAUAUGAAAACGUAUCUUCCUUUUGAACUAGAUGAGGAGGUCUAUUCUGAGAAUAGCAGGACUGUUGUACAGAAAACUGCUUUGGAUACGACUGCAUCCAACGGACAUGGCUAUGAGGAUGUGGAAGAUUUUAUCAGAGAUACGCUGAUGGACACUCUACUGAAUGAAAUAUUUGAGUCGUGGUGGAAGGUGUGGAUAUACGCUGGUGUCCCGCUUGCAAAGCUGAUGGAUUUUGUAGCCAAUCCACAGUUUAGUUCUCUCUCCAGAAGCAAACAGAUGUUCCACGACUGGCUCUUAGGUCACGCUGGGAAAAAUGACUAUGGACUGACAGAUCUUAUCAAGGCACUGAUAAGGGCUGAAUGCAAAUCUGCGGCCCAGUUCGUCGUGAAUCAUCUGCAGAAAUGCUUGAACUCCGGGGCCUUUAGGAAUAAGCCGUUUGGUCAAUGGCUAGAGGCGCAGAAUUUGAAGUUAGAGCACAUUGGCAGCGUCAAUGAUGCAGCAGAGCCAAUGUCAGAUGUGUUUCUUAUCGACAUUCUCCAAUAUUUUGGCGUUGAUUGCGUGUUCCUUGGCAUUGCAUGCGGCCUCACAAAACAAGAACGUCGUGACUUGUCGGAACCACAUCCUUGUGGUCCGCAGCUCCAGCUGUUUACCCUGCUUUGUAAAGUCCGACAGAAAGAACGGUUUUCCCACGAGGGCCUUUGCGUCUUGUUAAAAGCACUUCAACAAUUGGAUCUGAACGAAACCAAGGAAUCGAUAAUUCUCCUGACAAAGAAAUGGUUGGACACUAAAGGAGAAAGCAAGCAAAAGGAUGCAAAAUCGUUUCUGGAUGUUAUUAAACAGUUCACUGAGACGUCAUCUUUGGAUUGAUAUGCUACAAGAGGUUGUCUCAUCACAGCGAAGAACUAACAAUAGAGAUGCUUCAUCCAAGUGUUUCUGUAUCACCUCCUCCGUACAAAAUGCACCUGGGGACCUUCAUUUGUCAUCAUGGACCAAGUGCGAUAGUUUUGCGAACCUGGUGUCAUCACUAUUUCACAGUGAUUCAUAAACACAAGUUUAUGAUACAGUCAGAUCCGCUCUAUUUAUAGUGAACGAUAUUUAAAAAACAAGCAAACAUGCUUUCCCUGUUCGCGAAUCUUUAAUGAUGCAUUCAUAAAACUUUCAUAAAACUAAUUUGCCUUUCACUUCCAAUGGAAUCUGUCUCAGAUAAUCGAGACUGACUAUUCUUUGGCGUUGACCUUGUAUAUGUGUACAGGAGCUUCCUAUACAUUGUUUUUGUAAAAAAAAACCUCAGUGAUAUCAACCUGCGAAUCGGCUUUACCUAAAUAUAAGUACUUAUGUUCAACAAGUAAAAUGUCAAUGUGUUGAAAAUUAUAAAUGUCAACGACGGCACAAGACUGUGAUUAAUGGAGUGUUCUAAAAUGUUAUCUUUUGCCACGGAAGGAAGUUGUAGUUAACUAUAGUUAACACGUAGCAUGUCUGAAACUGAGGGACGCGCCCCCUGUAUCCCCCUUGAAUCUGCCAUUGGGUGGAAACCAUUCACCAUAGGGGCGGUCGGGUAGCCCAGUGGUUAAAGCGUUCGCUCGUCACGCCGAAGACCCGGGUUCGAUUCCCGACAUUGGUACAAUGUGUGAAGACCAUUUCUGGUGUCCCCCGCCGUGAUAUUGCUGGAAUAUUGCUAAAAGCGGCGUAAAACCAUACUCACUCACUCACCCCAUUAACCAUAUGUAUUCACAUAGUAUUGAAUAAUGUGUACAUGAGGUAUACAGAGUUUUGCUGGCUGGCCCUAUAUUCCGUGUUAUAACUGCGGUGUUGCCAACUUGACAUGAGCCACACCGGUAGCAGAGGCACCGCAAGUCCCAGCGUGGUUGCCUGAUAUAAGACGCUGGUGAACUUUAGCCCGACUCGUGUAUUGUGUCGUUUUUUAAUACUGAACUUUACUGAUUUCAUGGUUGUUUUAAAUCCUAAUAUGUGAUAUGUUACUAGUUAUUUUACUUUUACUUGGUUCUUAUCAUAUAAGUUGAUUAAACAUUAUUGUAUCACUCGUCACUUUUUUGCUGAUCAAAUGCGAUGUGACUACAUUUUGACUUACUCAGCUGCCUGAUAUGUUUCAUUGAAAAUUUCAGUGUACAAGGAGGUUUAUUUUUUUAUAGGUUUGUUUGAUUGGUUGAAUUUAAGAAAUGUUGAUGUAGCCCCAAAAAGGCGAAUGAUUCGAUUGGAAAGUGCAUGUUUACUCUUGUAGGAGAACAUACGUGGACGUGCAGGGUAAUAUUCAAUUUCUUGUUGCUUUUUUUCAAGACGUACAAUUUGUAAAUCACGGUAUUAGCCCCCAUGUAGGAUAAGGUUCAGUGAUCCCGAGUUAGGCUUUAUUUUGCAUCUACAAUUAAGUUUCAUUUUCCACAGUGGUGAUCAUCAUGCUCAUCAACCCGGACGGGUACACGGCGAGCCUCGGCUCCCUGUCCGGUGACCCUCUGUUCCCUGUGUGGUGACUCUCUGCUCCCUGUGUGGUGACUCUCUGCUCCCUGACCGGCGACUCUCUGCUCCCUGUCCGGAGACCCUCUGCUCCCUGACCGACGACCCACUGCUCCCUGAUCGGCGACUCUCUGCUCCCUGACCGGCGACUCUCUGCUCCUUGUCUGGUGACUCUCUCCUCCCUGACCGGCGACUCUCUACUCCCUGUCCGGUGACUCUCUGCUUCCUGUCAUGUGACUCUGCUCCCUGUCCGGUGACCCUCUGCUCCCUGUCCGGUGACUCUGCUCCCUGUCCGGCGACACUCUGCUCCCUGUCCGGCGACCCUCUGCUCCCUGUCCGGUGACUCUGCUCCCUGUCCGGUGACUCUGCUCCCUGUCCGGCGACACUCUGCUCCCUGUCCGGCGACCAUCUCCUCCCUGACCGGCGACUCUCUACUCCCUGUCCGGUGACUCUCUGCUUCCUGACCGGCGACUCUCUGCUCCCUGUCAUGUGACUCUGCUCCCUGUCCGGUGACCCUCUGCUCCCUGUCCGGCGACUCUCUGCUCCCUGUCCGGCGACCCUCUGCUCCCUGACCGACGACCCACUGCUCCCUGAUCGGCGACUCUCUGCUCCCUGACCGGCGACUCUCUGCUCCUUGUCUGGUGACUCUCUCCUCCCUGACCGGCGACUCUCUACUCCCUGUCCGGUGACUCUCUGCUUCCUGUCAUGUGACUCUGCUCCCUGUCCGGUGACCCUCUGCUCCCUGUCCGGUGACUCUGCUCCCUGUCCGGCGACACUCUGCUCCCUGUCCGGCGACCCUCUGCUCCCUGUCCGGUGACUCUGCUCCCUGUCCGGUGACUCUGCUCCCUGUCCGGCGACACUCUGCUCCCUGUCCGGCGACCAUCUCCUCCCUGACCGGCGACUCUCUACUCCCUGUCCGGUGACUCUCUGCUUCCUGACCGGCGACUCUCUGCUCCCUGUCAUGUGACUCUGCUCCCUGUCCGGUGACCCUCUGCUCCCUGUCCGGCGACUCUCUGCUCCCUGUGUGGUGACUCUCUGCUCCCUGUCCGGUGACUCUGCUCCCUGUCCGGCGACCCUCUGCUCCCUGUCGGGUGACUCUGCUCCCUGUCCGGUGACUCUGCUCCCUGUCCGGGGACCCUCUGCUCCCUGUCCGGUGACUCUCUGCUCAUUGUCCGGUGACUCUGCUCCCUGUCCGGUGACUCUCUGCUCCCUGUCCGGUGACUCUGCUCCCUGUCCGGUGACUCUCUGCUCCUUGUCCGGUGACUCUGCUCCCUGUCCGGUGACUCUGCUCCCUGUCCGGCGACCCUCUGCUCCCUGUCCGGUGACUCUGCUCCCUGUCCGGCGACCCUCUGCUCCCUGUCCGGUGACUCUGCUCCCUGUCCGGUGGCUCUGCUCCCUGUCCGGUGACUCUGCUCCCUGUCCGGGGACCCUCUGCUCCCUGUCCGGUGACUCUCUGCUCCUU